CGGCAGGCGACGUUGGCCAAUGAGGGGGCGGUAGGCGGGGCUUGGCGCUCCCCACCCGCGUGAGGCCGAGGUGGCGGUUUUUGGGGUCGGGGUCGCGCGGGUGGCGGUUCAGAAGGCCAUUACCUUCCAGACGCAGCAGCUGGCAGCUGUGCUAAUCUAAAGCAUUUCCAAGACUUUGGUUCAACUCAGCAAUGUCUUCCCCUGAAAUUGCUUCCCUUUCCUGGGGGCAGAUGAAGGUGAAAGGCUGCUCUACAACAUACAAGGACUGCAAAGUGUGGCCGGGAGGAAGUCGGACCUGGGAUUGGAGAGAAACUGGCACUAGUCAUUCUCCAGGAGUGCAGCCUGCUGACCUUGAAGAAGUUGUCAAGAAGGGUGUUAAAACUCUCGUCAUUGGCCGUGGCAUGAGCGAGGCUCUGCAGGUUCCUCCGUCUACUGUGGACUACCUUAAGAAGAACGGGAUCGAUGUGUUGGUGUUGCAGACGGAGAAGGCAGUGCAAGAGUACAAUGCCCUGGCUGCUCAGGGCGUCAAAGUGGGGGGAGUCUUCCACUCAACGUGCUGAAGCAGCGCCGCUCUGCAGCCCGCCCUGACCUCAGCCAGCGCCGGGCGCGCCUCGGCUGCAUCGAAUUACAGCCGGCGCAGCGGGGAGCUGCGUGCCAGUGCAUUAAUGUGCGCUGCACAGCUAAAACGCGAGGGCACUGUAUGAGUUCAGGGUUUAAACAGAGUGCUGUUAAUGAAAGCUUUUAACUGCAGAACAAUUUGCAUACGAUCUUGGGACUGACCUAAUCUUCCUCUGUAGACUGCGUGCGUUCUGGUUACUUUUGGGCUAAAUUCAUGAACUCUGGUUGAUUUUUUGGCUAAAUUAAGACACUAAGUUGUGAAUGCUUUCAUUAGGAAAUGGUGCAGAAUUACAUUAUCAGUUACUGCAGCGUAGCCAGAAAAUAUCUGAUAAUGACAGUCAAGUGGUAGCUAUGAAGUGGUGGCAAAGGAUCACUUUAUAAAUGAGUUCAAUAAAACAAAACACAAGGCAGCCCCGAGCAACAGCUCUGCCUCCUGCUGGUGAACUCGCUCAGGGUAUCACUUGACACUUCUCUUUACACGGGACAUAGAAAAAGCUGCCUACAGGGAAGGAACAGAACCUGUGCCUUGAAGAUUUUUAUCACUAAUUGAAAUGUGAAUGUCGAGUUGUGGAAUAUGUAUGUGUGUGAAGCUCCCUACCUGCUUAAAAUGAUCAGGAAGAUCUGUCACAGAAUUGCUUGUAGGAAAUCAGUCUAAGUUGUUGCUAGCAAGCUGGGGACAGAGGUAGAAUUCCUACCCAGCAGUAGCUGCUAAUGUAAACAUGACAAGUGUGUUGUUACACUGAAAAAAAUUAAAAUUCUUUUAGUUGCUGUU